AUGAACUUCCUUCACAGCACCCUCGAUAAGGUGCGGGAGUGGGCGCCUGUGUCGCACACUUCGACCUUCCGUCAAAACGGCCAAAUCACCCCGGAAGAGUUCGUCGCUGCUGGAGAUUACCUCGUUUACAAGUUUCCGACCUGGUCUUGGGCCGACGCAUCUCCCAUCAGCAAGCGCGCCAACUAUCUGCCUCCAGGCAAGCAGUUCCUAGUGACUCGAGGUGUACCAUGUCAUCGACGACUCGACGAGAACUUUGCCGGGGAUGCUGGGCAUGAUGAGGCUAUGGUAGGUGAUGGAGAGGACUUCAAAAGUGCGGGUGGCCAUGCGCCUGGUGAUGAUGAGGAUGGGUGGCUAAGGACCGGAGGCCUAGCCGCAAGCCAAGAGGCACGCGUAAGAGAUGUGAGAACAGUCGACGAGAGUGGAAAUAUGGGAGAGAGGGAAGACGAUGACGACGAAAUCCCUGACAUGGAGGACGAGGAAGAUGAUGAAGAGGCUAUCAUUCGUGAUCCAAAAAGUGACGGCGCUGAUUCAUCUCGUCGCACCUAUACACUCUAUAUUGCGUACACACCGUACUACCGAACUCCUCGACUAUACCUCUCGGGCUAUCUCGCAAACUCGCAGCCCCUUGCCCCUCAACUUAUGAUGGAAGACAUCGUCGGCGAUUAUAAAGACAAGACAGUUACAUUAGAAGACUUCCCCUACUUCAGCAACAACAUAAAGAUGGCCUCUGUACACCCUUGCAAGCAUGCUAGUGUCAUGAAGACACUCCUUGAUCGCGCGGACGCAGCACUGAAAAUCCGACGAGAGAAGCUUAAGUCAGGAAAGGCGGUUCCAGGUGCCAAGGACGUGGGGAUGGAGGGUUUAGUUGACGAUUUCAGCAAGACCGGCUUAGGAGGCGAUGACAAGAAGGCGGUUAUGGAGGGGAUGAAAGCGGGUGGGAAUGGAAAUGAUGAGUGGGAAGUGCUGCAACAUGAUACGGACGCCAAUGAUGAGGAGGUUGCUAUCCGUGUUGACCAAUAUCUGGUUGUGUUCCUCAAGUUUAUGGCAAGUGUCACGCCGGGUAUUGAGCACGACUUCACCAUGGGUGUCUAG